AAAGCUUGUGAGCAGGGCAUGAUCCCUGCAUCAACUCAUGUUGCUGCUAAGAAAGCUCGGAAAAAGUUUGUCACCAACUCCAAGAAGAUUUCCAGUGGGACUUUUCGUUCAAGUACCACUGAUACUUCCUACUACAGCUCAUGUUACCCCGUUUCGGAAAAUCAAAAGCGUGUUCGAAAUUAUGAAACUUCCUACAGCUCAUGUUCCUCUGUUUCGAAAAGUCGGAGGUGUGCUGGAAUCUCAAAAACUUCCAGCAGUUCAUGUUUCCCGUUUCGAAAACUUGGACGUGUGCUGGAAAUUCAAAAACUUCCAAGAGUUCAUGAUUUCCAGUUUCAAAAACUCGUGCAGAAUACUCCACAACUUCCAACAAGUGUUGUAUCCCUGCUACUAAAACUCAGAAGUGUGCUGGAAACGCGAAGACUUUCAAUUCUUGCUAUGGAACCGUUCCCGUAGUUAAAAAAGAAUUGUGAAAC